UUUGCCAAAUUCUAUUUACAGUCCCUCCCUGUCUCUCUGUCUCUCCCUCCUCUCUGUCCUUCCUUACUUCUCGCUCUCUCUCCCUCUCUCUCUCCUCCCUUCAAAUUCAUUUCCUCUUGCCCCAUUUAGCUAUCUAUCAGACAAUCUUGUUCCUCUUCUUCUUCUCCCUUUCUCGGCAGCUCCUCGUCGUCGAGAGCCUUUCCCCCGAGAAGCUCUCGAUUCGUUGAGCUGUGAUUCCACCAAACUCAAGCUCAUUUGCUGCAAUUCUGCGCUGAAUUCCGGGUGUUAAUCCGUUGCCUCACAGAUGUAAACUUUGAUGCCUCCUCUGUUUUCUGGAGCCUGACCGAUCCGAGACAUUUCGAUUGAUAUCAGACUGUUCCUCCUUUGGCCUCAGAGAUUCUGACCCAAGCCUAUGCCAAGGAUGGAAAUUGCUUCACAGUUGAAGCGAGGCAUAUCCCGUCAGUUCUCCACCGGCUCCCUCCGGAGGAGCCUCAGUAGACACUUUUGCAGGCAAUUUACACGACAAUCAUCUCUAGACCCGAGGCGCAACAAUCUGAGGUUCAGCUUCGGAAGGCAGUCGUCCCUCGACCCGAUAAGGAGGAGCCUCGACAGGGAUGAUGAGCUCACAGUGCCCGAGAACCUUGACUCAACGAUGCAGCUGCUGUUCAUGGCUUGCAGAGGGGAUGUCAGGGGAGUGGAGGACUUGCUGAAUGAGGGAAUUGACGUCAACAGCAUCGACUUGGAUGGGAGAACCGCAUUGCACAUUGCAGCCUGUGAAGGCCACAUUGAGGUAGUCAAGCUCUUGUUGACUCGAAGGGCUAAUAUCGACGCCCGUGACCGGUGGGGAAGCACGGCAGCUGCUGACGCAAAGUACUAUGGAAACAUGGAAGUAUAUAACAUCUUGAAAGCUCGUGGCGCCAAAGUUCCGAAAACAAGGAGAACACCAAUGACGGUUGCAAAUCCUCGAGAAGUUCCGGAGUAUGAGCUUAAUCCACUGGAAAUAGCAGUUCGAAAGGCUGAUGGCAUUUCAAGGGGGAACUAUCAAGUGGCUAAAUGGAACGGUACAAAGGUUGCUGUUAAGAUACUCGACAAAGAAAGUUAUUCAGAUCCUGAGAGCAUAAUUGCAUUCAAACAUGAGUUAGAGCUACUGGAGAAGGUUCGGCAUCCCAACGUGGUUCAGUUCGUUGGAGCUGUCACGCAGAACAUUCCUAUGAUGAUAGUUGCAGAGUAUCACCCGAAAGGAGACCUGGGAACGUACAUUCAAAAGAAAGGGCGUCUCUCUCCAUCUAAAGCUCUAAGAUUUGCUCUUGAUAUCGCACGGGGAAUGAACUAUCUUCACGAAUGCAAGCCCGACCCAAUCAUCCACUGUGACUUAAAGCCAAAAAAUAUUUUGCUGGAUAGUGGUGGUCAACUAAAAGUAUCUGGGUUUGGUUUGAUACGAUUGUCGAAGAUCUCACCUGAUAAAGCUAAGCUAGCACAUCCCGAGGCUCAUACUGAACUCCAAAGUUUAUACGUCGCACCCGAGAUUUUCAGGGAUGAAAUUUUUGAUAGAAGCGUAGAUGCAUUCUCUUUCGGUCUCAUUCUGUAUGAGAUGUUUGAAGGAGUUCAGCCUUUCCAUCCCAAGUCUCCUGAAGAGGCUGCCCGACUGAUAUGUCUAGACGGAAAAAGGCCGCCACUCAAGGUCAAAUCGAAAGGUUACCCUCCCGAUUUAAAAGAGUUGAUCGAGGAAUGUUGGGAUGCAGAGCCGGUGGUGAGGCCUACCUUUUCAGAAAUUAUAGUUCGAUUGGACAAGAUAGUCUCUAACUGUUCAAAGCAGGGCUGGUGGAAAGAUACAUUUAAGCUUCCCUGGAAAUAAGAGGACGGAAGUUGUAUUGCUGGAGAAGGAAGACACUUGAAAGGGAUCAUGUAGAAAAAGAAAGGAGGAGGAGGUACUUAUCGCUUAUUAAUUGUUUGCAGGUCUUUUCGUUUUUUAAACAUCGGAUCUUUGAACCAAGCUGCGAGUUCAAAAGAAAGCCAUUGUGGAGGUUCAAGGGGAUUCCAGAGUUCCUUGUUCUAAAAACGGGUCAGAAUCCGUAAAAACAGAAUUUGCUGCUGCAGAUCUUCUAUACAACCAUCUGAAGACGAGACCAAGAGAGGGGCCGCUGUCCAUCUCGGAAAUCUCUAUCGGUCCCCAAGGGAACUAUAUAUGGAGAAAGGUCCUCAGAGGGACAGAAUCAAGUAAUGUUCUAUUAGCGAGAAAAAUACACCGCAAAGAGCAGUUCUUUGUUAUACAUAGAGCGAGAGAACACUUAUUACUUCAACAACAAUGUAGUACGUACAUACAUCAUACAUGUAUGGUGUGCUCCGAUGCCUAAUACUUGGGAUUCAGUUUCAAAUAAAAUUACUUCUUCUGCUGA